CUUUCUAAAGAUUGUUAUGUUGUUAUUUUGUGUACGUACAUCGAGAGACUAUAAACCAGAGUGAAAUUCCUUGUAUUCGUGAGCAUACUUGGCCAAUAAAGAUGAUUCUGAUUCUGAUGAAAGUAGAUAACCUGCAGCAGGGUACUAACGAGACCACGCACUCCGGACAGUAAGUGGCAGUAUGAGCGUAGAGGUUCUUUACAAGUCUAAUGCGGAAGUAAACAGCGAACCAGCGUAUGCGCGUUCAGUCCGGUGAACUUCAAGAGUUUGCUGAAGUUUUAGCAAGAAAAAGUAUCUCAGAUUUCAUCAGAUUUCAUUCUAACAAAAAUGUCGUCAGUCAUGAGUAUGAGAAAGUUUGUCUGUGAUCGACUGACGGCGGCUGCGCAGGAAAUACUUGGAGCCUUUGAGAGGAAGAUAGAAGAUUACGAGGAAGAAAUCGUUCGUCAACGGAGACUGUUGGACACCGUUUUGACACCUCAGUUAAGGCUACACAGGACAGAGCUCCCACAGACAUCUGUCCAUAAGGAGGAGGAGGUUCUCCUGGACCAGCAGCCGCAACGCAGUAACCGGGAGACAAACGCCAGUCUGGUCCAACAAGAUCCCCCACAGGUUAAACAUGAACACGAGGAAGUGAGCAUCAGUCAGAAACAACAGCAGGCAUCACUGCAACAGGAGACUGAUGCCUCUAAGUUGACUCAUGAGGGAAGUGUACGCAGUGAUCAGACUCAGCCUUUGGAUCCUGACCAAACUCAGAGUGCAGCGAAGAAAGAUCCUCGAUCAAACAAAGAUCUGGGAUCAGGAUCUGACAGGGAGAGUUCUGCAGGAUCAGAACCAAACAGUGACCAUCCUCUCUCUCACAGCUCUCGUGUAGCUGAGAGCCAAGAUCACAUAACUCAUAACCAUGGAAGUGCAACGCCAACUGGACGUAUUCAGUCAACACAAAAUAAAAAAAGCUGUGAUGAGAACAUGACAGCUACGAGUACUGAGCAAACACUAAACAAGAAGAGCAAAGAUGGGAACACAACUUCAAAUGAAUGUACUGAGCCAACACCAAAUAAGAAACCAAACGAUAAGAAAACAACACUAACCAGAAACAAUCAAACCACAACAUCGGCUAGAAGUAGUGAGCCUACAUCAAACAGGAAAUGUAACAUCGAGAACACAACACCGACCAGUACUACUGAGCUAAAACCUAAUGAGAAAAGUAACAGUGAGACCACAACAUCAACUGGAAUUAGUGAGCCAACACCAAACAAUAAAGGUAACGAUGAGAACCCAACAUCAACCAGAGAUAUCGAGACUGCACCACAAAAGAGAUGUACCAAUGGGACCACAGCAUCAAAUUCAGGUACUGAGCCAACACCAAAUGAGAAACCCAAUGAUGGAAAAACAUCAGCUACAAGAACUGAGUCAACACCACAAAUGAGAUGCAAUGAUGAGAAUGCAACAUCAAAUGGAAGUAGUGAGCCAACGCCAAAUAAGAAAUGUCUUGAUGGGAAUAAAACAUCAACCACAACUGGUACUGAGCUAACACCAAAUCAGGAACGUAAUGGGGAGAAUACAACAUCAACUAAAAGUACUGAAACAACACCAAGCAAAAAACUUAACACAACAUCCACUAGAGGUACCAAGCCAACACCGAAAAAGACACCCAAUGUUGAGAAUACAACAUCAACCAAAAGCACUGAGCCAACAUCAAAUAAGAAACACAAUGAUGAAAACACACCAGAAAAUGGAAAUAGUGAUCCAAGACCAAAUGAGAAUACAUCAAGAGGUAGAUGUAACAAGCCAACAACAAAUAAGAAACCCAAUGAUGGGAAAACAACUUCAACUGGAAGUACAGAGCCGACACCGAAAAAGACACGUAAUGUUGAGAACACAACAUUAAGUAAAAGUACUGAGCCAACAUCAAAUAAGAAACAUAUCAAUAAGAACACAACACCAAAUGGAAAUAGUGAGCCAACCCCAAAUGAGAAGGCCACAUCAGGUAGAGACACCAAGACAACACCAAAGAAGAAAGAUGAUAUUGAGAACACAACAUCAAGUAAAAGUACUGAACCAACACCAAAUAAGAAACAUAUUGAUAAGAGCACAACACCAAAAGGAAAUAGUGAGCCAACACCAAAUGAGAAGGCCACAUCAAGUAGAGGUGACAAGCCAAAGCCAGCUCCAAAUAAUAAACAUGACAAUGAGAACAUGACCUCAACUGGAAAUACUGAGCCAACACUAAAUAAGAAACCCAAUGAUGAGAAAGCAACAACUUCAAAGACUAAACCAACACCAAAUAAGAAAUGUAACGAUGAGACAAGAACAUCAAAUGGAAGUACUAAGCAAACACCAAAUAGGAAACCCGACGAUGGAAACACAAUGUCCACAAAAAGUAAAGAGCCAACAUCACGUAAGAGACUUAACGAUGGGAGCGCAACAUCAAAUGGGAGCACCGACCAGAGACCAAAUAAGAGACGUAGGGCUGACAGUACAGCAUCAACUAGAAAAACGUCAAGUGGUCAACGGAGCAAUGGGAGCACAACAUCAAAUGAAGGUACUGAACCAAAAUCGAAAAAGAAAAAUGGGAACAGAACAUCAACUGGAAAUACACAAGAUGAUGAUAAUCCGUACAAGUGUGACAGGUGCGGCAAAGUAAUGACUAAUUUCAAAAACUACAAAUUUCACAUGAAAUCCCACACUGUUGAAAAGACUUUUAAAUGCGAAACAUGUGGCACAAUGUUCAGGGAGAGUUGGGAUUUGAAUAAACACAUGGUAAUUCACUCUGUCGAGAAGCCUUUCAAAUGCGAUGUUUGCGGAAAAGGAUUCAACCGGCGUUAUAAUCACGACCUGCAUGUCAGAGUUCACACCGGGGAAAAGCCGUACACUUGCAGCACUUGUGGGAAAAACUUCAGCUCAUGCGUGAAUAUGAAAAAACACAUGAGGAUUCACACAGGGGAGAAGCCUUACACCUGCAGCGACUGCGGGAAGGAGUUCGCGGAUUCUUCGUCUUUCAAGAAUCACCGGCGAGUGCACACGGGGGAGAAGCCUUUCAAGUGUUCCUGGUGCAAGAGAAGAUUUGCCACCAGGACGACUUUGAAAAGGCACGUCAGAACGCACACCGGUGAAAAGCCGUAUAAGUGCAACAUAUGUGAGAAGAUGUUUAGUUACAAAACAGACUUGACAGAACACAUUAGGACACAUACUGGGGAAAAACCGUAUCAAUGCAGUACUUGCGGAGAAAAGUUCUCCACCUGGACAAAACUCAACAAGCACAAAAAUGUCCACCCAGAAAACAAACCUUACAAGUGCGAAGAGUGCGGUAAAACCUUUUCUUACACGAAAAACUUGAAAGUUCACAUGAGAAUCCACACGGGUGAAAAGCCUUAUAAAUGCAGCUACUGCGGAAGGACGUUCAUCCAGAAGUCAACCUUGAAACGACACCUGAAAACCCACACUGGCGAAAAGCCUUUCAAGUGCAACACUUGCGGGAAAAGGUUCGCCCAGGUGACCGCCGUUACUAGACACAUGAGGACUCACACAGGUGAGAAGCCAUACGCUUGCGAGACCUGUGGGAAAAAAUUCAGCUGCGGCGCAAAUUUGACGAAGCACAAGAGAAUUCACACAGGUGAGAAGCCUUACACCUGCGGCGACUGCGGGAAGGAGUUCACAGAUUCCUCGUCUUUUAAAAAUCACCGUCGAGUGCACACGGGUGAGAAGCCCUAUAAAUGCCCUCGAUGUAGGAAAAGAUUCACGCUCAGCACAACACUGAAAAAGCACAUCAGAACCCACACAGGUGAAAAGCCAUUUAAAUGUAACACGUGUGGACACAGUUUUCGUCAACAAACUGAUUUGAAAACACACAUUAGGAUUCAUACCGGCGAGAGACCAUAUAAAUGCAGUGAGUGUGGAAAAGGGUUCGUAAGCAGCACAAAAGUGAAAAUUCACAUGACCAUUCACACACGUGAUUUACAGAGUAGCAGUUCUAAAAAGAACGAUAACUGUGCUUUUAAUGAAAAGGGGAUCAAAUGUUAACCAGAGCUUUCGGAGCUCAUGUCUUGGAAGUUUGGUUUUCCUUUCUAGGACUCACUGCUGUGGAAAUGGCUGUCUGACCUGUUGCACUUGUUUCAUAAAUCAGGCCCCUGAACCAUAGGUAUACGAUGUAGACACAUAAACAAUGACUGGGAAGUGAUGAAAGGACAAGCCUUGUGGAAAUCCAUCUGUGGAGGCAGAUCUGCUGUUGGACCCAGUGGCAUCUCCUCUCUGGGGUAUAUUUGGACUCAAAAACUUUCUCCAUGAACAACAUGGUAACAUUAAAUGCUUCAGAAUCAGUAUCAUUUCUUUGGAGUAAAUGACAUCUAGAAUCGUAAAAAAAAAAAAAAACAUAAUUACACAGCCAGUGCAUGUUCAAUAAAAGGGUCACUCUUUCUGGAGUUUCUGUUACAACAGUUUGUGUUCACAUGUUGCACCACAACUCACACUCCACCGACAGAGACACCACAAUUUGAUUUGUUUUUUUCUAAAAUUACUAGAGAAAAUGUACAACAACUAUUAAAGUAAGCCCCAAUUCGUAAUUUUGACCAUACACAUGUAAAUUUGAGGUAAAGUCACACAUAUAAACAUUCUUAUUCACUUUAGGCAUCUUUUAUUUCUGUUUUUACAUACAUGAUUGACCUUUAACAAAAUCAGAAAACUUGUUUUUCUUAGCUGUUGUAUAGUUUUUAUUUUUAAAGACCUGUCAGUUAAGUUGAGGCUCAUGGCUAAUUUCAAUCCAUUAUUUUACAUUUGGAUAAAUGAUUGUACCUCCAACUAACUGUAAGUUAACAUUUAAAUUCAUUUGUUAUUUGUCUUUAACUGAUAUGGUUUGGUAAAUGGGAAUAUGUGACAAUUCAAGCUCCUUCAUGUAAAGCUUUCUGCUUUAUUUUGUUGCCAGCUGCCUGUGUGUUGUGUUUUAUUGGUAUUUAAUGUGAAUAUAUAUAAAUAUAUAUAUAUAUAUUUGUAGUAGCAGAGGACAUUUUUGUUUUGGUUGAUGUUUGACAAGUGUAUUAUUAUGAGGAUUUUUAUGCUGUUAAUUUGCUGGAUGGAUGGAUGUUUGAACAGAAGGUUACAAUAAAUGCUUCAGAAUUACGUACAUUAUUGAAAGUGCUACCAACUUUUGUUAAGCAAACCUUUAGAUUUUAGCAAAAAGGUAACUGGUGCUUGCAAUCCAAAGACAUCAUAUCCUGAUACAAGCUCUUGUGUUCACCUGUCAACCCCUGAUAUUUAAUUUUAGAAGCCAUAUCAUUCUAACUGUAGUCUAUAAUCCUUACAGGCAGUCUCUUCUCGCCUUGGGAGUCAUUUACGAAUGUUCCUCAGGGGUGGUAGACUUCCUGGGUCUUAGGGGGCUGUUUGGAGCACCUGACUACAGUAUUUUCACCCUUUAUUUAAUGCUUUGAGUUUGGCACACUCGACACAGACAUACAAGCUGCUGCAGAGCACCCGAAGACCGGGGCUAAUACUCCUUUAUCUCUUUCCCACCAUCCUUUAUGAGUUGUUUUGACUUAUCUACAUGCAGUUAGACCCAAACAGACAUGACAGGAAAUCCUUCAGCCUGAACAGAUGUUAUUUGUUCCUCUUUUGCAUAGGAACACACAGGAACAUACUGUUCAUGCUAUACACAAACAUGGUUUCUUUAAUUGUCACUAAGCACUUUUAACCUUCAUAAGUUCACAUAAGCAUUUGUACAUAUUAAUGCAGUGAUUUGCCUUCACACCCUGCAGACAGACAACUCAAUUUGAUCUCUUUUGAUUGCAAGUUUUUACAGUUUUGACCAUAACAUUAGAACUCAAAUACACAUACAUAAUUAAAAAGGUUCUUUUAAUGAUGACAAAUAAGCAUUUAAAUUGUUUCACUAAUAAUCAUAAUUGAAAAUAUAGGCCUGCUUUACCGCUGUUUUUACAAAGCUUACUGACCUUUAACAGGCAUCAGAGAGGGUGCUGUCUGUCUCUAGUCAAUCAAAGACUCAUGGCAAAUUUCAAUCCUUUGAUUUAAAAUUUGGUGAUGUGGCUUCUUUUUUAGUUUAAAUUCGGAUCAAUUGAACCUUCAACUAUUUGUCUCUACCUCAAUUGAAUUAUGAUGGUUAAAUCUUUCAGGUAUCUGCAAAGCUUCACAGAAACAUGAUUAAUUUGCUUCAUCAGUCUCAUGUUACAGAGAAACCUUCCAUCAGCAAUGAAUCAUUCAUGCUCCUAUUCUGCCAUCUAGUGGUCCUUAUUUAUACAUUUGCACCAUUUCAUUUUUAUAUUUUCAGGCGUUGUUUAUACAUACUUUUUAUCCUA